AUUUUAAACACGUUUGGCAGUGCUGUUUCAGAAACAUUCAGAUAAGAACACUGUUUAACACAUACAAACAUGAGUUUCAAAGAAUCUGACGGAGCUGCCUCAAUGCCACAAUUCAAGAAGUUUGAGACCGAGGGUGAGAUUGCGGAGAAAAAGAAAAAGAGACAAGAAGAAUGGGAGAAAGUCAGAAAACCAGAGGAGCCAAUGGAGGCACCUGAAGAAAAAUUUGACCCACGUUGCUUGUAUGACCAACUUGAGGCCAAUAAGCUUGCAAAGCAAGAAGAGUAUGACGAAGCCCAUAAAUUAAAAAAUAUGGUGAGAGGACUAGAGUCUGAUGAAGUGGAGUUCUUAGAUUUUGUGUCUCAAAAACAGGAGGAAAUUGAAGAGCGGAGAGAAAGAGAGGAGAAACGGUUAUUACAGGAAUACAAAGAGGCCAUGGUAACGAAGGUAACCGAUACAACGAAAGUAUCAACAGAGAAAAAAGUGGCGAGGCCUCAAAUGGGAACAGAAAAGAAAGAGACGCAGAAGAAACUAUUAGCUGGGGCUGUGAAAAGGAAAACUGAGCCAGAUUCCUCCAGUAAUCUAGACUCAAAGAAACAGAGAACUACAAGUUCAGAUUCAACAAAUCCAGAAACUGCCACAUCUGAUUCCACAGUAACACAAACCAAUUCAUCUGUGACAUCACAAAAUUCAACUGUGACAUCAUCAAAUGGAGGCAUGGCCAAAGUGAUAGGUGUCUUACCUGGACUUGGGGCAUACUCUCAAAGCUCAGACAGUGACUCUAGCGACUCUGAAGAUGAUAUAGACACUGAUACAUUUGCCAAGAAGAAAAAGACCCCUGUUUAUGUGUGAAAAUAAUGUAUAAUACAAAUAAUAUAAAAUAAUGUAUAUAGGAAUAUUUUAUGUUGAGCAUUUGGACCAUGUUCCAUUUCUCCAAAUAUCACAAAAUUAUGGAUCCUCAAGCUAAAUGUCUAUCAAGCUAAAUGUCUAUUUAGCUUCCCUUUGACUUUGCUGUUUUAAAUAUGGCUUUGCCU